AUGAACUCUUUCUUCUGGGUGCAAAGAGAAGAUAACAGCAGCAGGACAGAAUUACUCUGCGGCAGGACAGCUGGCUACACUAUUGUAAAUGGGCAUUUCACAAUGCUUGUGUGUUUCACGAUUGUCCUGGGAGGAUUUUUGAAGACCUGUCUAAGGAAUUCUGAAGUCAUUGUUUUGAUAAUUCUUUCUGUGUCAGGAUUUAUGAUAGGACAACUGGCUCACAGUUUUGUUCAGGUGCACGAAAUUGUCUACCCUCUUCUGAAAACACCAAGCUUUUCACUUUAUUGUUAUUUUUCACCUAUAAUUAUAUUUAUGGCUGCUUUGGAUGUGGACUUUUAUAUACUCAAGAAUAUGCUUUGGCAGGUCUUCCUAACAGGAUUAAUAAGCUUUGUUGUGGCAUUCAUCGUAAUUGGAUAUGUCGUUCUGAAAUUCAAUGAAGAGUCAUGGGAUUUGCAAUCUUGCCUACUCUUUAGCAUGACCCUUGGCAUUACAGAUCCUAUUUUUUCUGUGAAUUCACUGAAAACUAUUGGCAUUUCCAAAAUGUAUACUGAUAUCAUAAGAGGAGAAUCAAUGAUAAUUUGUGGCUUCACAUCCAUACUUUUUGGACUUUUUCGGAACAACUUACUCCACAUUUCCAUACUUAGAGACUUACAUGUAAUCACAGGCCUCUGCUUGGGCAUCUUUGGAAGCAUAAUAUGUGGAUAUUCGUGUGCAAGAAUCAUUCAGUUUAUAUUGACUGACCUCUUUAGCAAUACACUAACUAGUGUCAUUCUUUGCAUUUCAAUGGUGUACCUGACUUUCUACGUUGUGGAAUUUUUGGGAAUGUCAGGAAUGAUUGCGUUAGUCACUGUAGGACUGAAUUUAGAUUCCUUAAGCUUUAAACCGAGGAUUGAGUUAACAAUUACUAAGUUCCUAAUAAUGUUUUCAACUGUAUACCAACAAUUAAUAUAUACUUUCUUUGGCAUUGUAAUUGGAUGUGGACAAAACAAGUAUUUGGGAUUUCACAGUUUGGUUUUCAUGUUAAUUUUAUUUACAACAGUGAAUUUUGUAAGGUUGCUUACUAUUGUGUUAGUGAGCCCUCUUCUGAUGCGUGUAAAUUAUGACUAUAACUGGAGAUGGGGAAUUGUUAUAGCAUGGUCUGGAAUUAAAGGAGUUUUUAGUUUACUCUUGGCUCCUGAAAUUCAUAAUCUGGCUGAUCAAAAAAUAGAAUCACCACAAAUGUUUUUAUUUUAUGUACAGGUAAUAUCACUAAUGACUAUGGGAAUAAAUUCAUACAUGAUGACUCAUUCAGCCAGGACAUUAGGUUUGUGUGCUAUUUCCCUCCCAAGGCAAAUGGCCAUGCAGAAUGCCAUUAAGCACAUUCAGGAGAUAAUACAGAACACAAUAAUGCUAUUUAAAACAGAAAAAAUUUUGACAAAUGUUAAUUGGACCUUAGUAGAAGAAAAAACAAAGAUUGAAUACACCAUUCCUUCUGAUACUGUUCAGUUUUCCCACGUUUCUCGUGGUAGUGAAACGGAGGAGUCCCCAACAGAAGAAGUUUUAAUAGAAGAAGCCAGAUUGCAUGUAGCUAUAAUACAAAUGAGUAGCUUUGAAAAACAGUGUAAUGAUGGAACCCUCAGUGUAGAGGCAGCCCGGAUAUUAAUCGGUGCAACCAAAAGCUAUUGCCCCAUCCAAGGAAAAUUCAUGAGUAUUUACGAUGUUUCAACUUACGUAAGAGCUAGAAGUUGGCUUAUGAAGUUUAAAAACAUGUUAACUUUUUUGGAAUAUCAUAAAGAUAAGGCACUUCUUAUUCUAUAUGGAAAUAAUAAAUUUCUGCUUUUUGUAUAUCACAUUGUAUUUUCAGAAGAAUUUGAAUAUGCAGGACAUGUUAUAACAUUAAUAUACAUUUAUCCCAUGAUAGUGCAUCUAUGGCCAAUGGCAAGAGAGUUAAAUGUGUCAGCACUUAUGUCAAUAAACUACUAUUUUGUGUUUUUAUAUAUAUUUCAAUCAGCACUGAAGAUAAUAAUUUUGAAAAGGAAAUAUUUUCGUGAAUAUUGGAAUACUUUGGACUUUUUUAUCAUGCUCCUUGGAAUCAUUGAUAUCUUUUGUAUAUACUUUGUCAAAUUGAGACAAGACAAUUUUGUUCUUAUUCAGGUUACAGUAAUACUAGGAUAUUUCAGAAUACUUAGGUUUAUUCCUCUCAUCAAGAUAAUAAUACCACUACUGAUAAAUAUUGUCGAUGUGCAGAUCAAAAAGCGCCUCCACUUGAUGUAUAGUAUUACAAAAGGUUAUGUCAAAAGUCAAGAGGAUACCAAAUUUUUAAUAAAACAAAUUUCCAGCCGAGAAUCAAUAUAUCAGAAAUUAUAUGAAAUUUUGGAAACCAACAAACGAGAUGCCAUCAAAGAACUAGGACUCAUAGAGCACGAGGGUCGUGAUGUUGUCAUUGCUUUGAAGACUAGGCAGGCAAUCCGGAACGUGAUUGCUAAAGCUCUGAAAAACCUCACCUUCCUUUGGUCAAGAGGCAUUAUUGAUAAACAUGAGGGCAUCGUGAUGAAUAAGGUACUUCUUAGGAAAAUAAAGGCACUGAAUGACUUUCCAAUGGCAAUCCCGCCACCAACUCCUGACAAAUAUCUUCAUAAUAUUGUUUGGCUGGAAAAUAAAGAUGCUCUCAUUGAGUUCUUCAAGGAAAGAGCCAAACUUGCCUACUUCGACUAUGGAGAUGUCAUUUGUAAAGAAGGUGAAAUGCCACAAGGAAUCUACUUAAUUAUUUCAGGAAUGGCAAUUUUGCAUAGCUCACCUCCUACCUUUGGAAUAGACAGUAGCCUAAGGUCUGAUAGAGAGUUCAAAACCAUGUUUACAGAAUACUGUACCAGUGGGGACGUCAUUGGAGAGCUGAGCUGUCUGCUUAAGCGUGAAAUUGAAUAUACUGCCAUUUGUGAAACUAUUUUACAGGCCUGCUUUAUCUCCCUGGAGGAUUUGUAUGAAGGCUUUGAUGUCUUCUGGCCAUCCUUGGAAUAUAAAAUAUGGCUAAAGCUUGCACUCAGUAUUGCCUAUCAGUAUUUUGAAUCAAGUCUCAUUGAUGAGAACUUAGAGUUUCAGAAGUGUGCGGCGUUCAAUCUGGCAUAUGUGGAGACUUUAUCAAGCUAUAAUGAAAUGGUCAUCGAUAAUAUGACUAUGAAAUUCGUUAUUAUUGUGUAUGGCAGUGUGAUUGAUACUAAGACAGAGGUACAAUAUCUUGCACCUUGCAUUUUGCCUAAAACCUGUGAGCAGAUUCAGGGAACUUCAGAUUUAAGCAAGCUGCUGGUUAUCCAAGCAUCCAAGCCUGCCAAAAAUACCAAUGACUCCAAAGUCAUGGUCAACACUGGUCUUCGAACGACCCACAGAGAAUAUAAUUGGAAGAGAAAAAAGGAGGUAAGAAACUUGACACAUGGAUUAGAUUUUGUCUUACUGUGA